GACUUAAUACCACAUCGUUAGAAAUCUAACAUAUUUUCAAAGUAGGAAGUAAUUUAAAAGAAGUGACAUACAAUAUACGUGAAAACGAAAUAUAGAUAACAUUAAAGUUUGCGGGCUUGUAUUAAUUGUAUAAAUAUAUUUAAAAAUGUAUUGUAACGGCACAUCCACGAUUGAUUCGGCGCCGAUUCAGGAUGAAAUCGUUAUAUCCGGAAUUUCUGGCAGAUUUCCCGAAUCCGACAACGUCAGACAUUUAAAAGAAAAUCUACUGAAUAAAGUAGAUCUAGGUUCUGACGACUGUCGACGUUGGCAACAUGACCAUCCGGAUAUACCAAAACGCACGGGAAAGGUCAAUAAUAUCGAGAAAUUUGAUGCGGAAUAUUUUGACAUACCCUUCAACCAAGUCCACCUGUUGGAUCCUAUAACUAGAUGUCUUCUGGAACAUACGUACGAAGCCAUCGUCGACGCCGGGAUAAAUCCGAAAGAUUUACACGGCACGAAAACAGGAGUUAUCGUCGGGACAAGUUUUUCCGAAUCGGAGAAUGUGCUUGUUUAUGAAAAGACGCAGGUACAAAAAUGCAAAUAA